UACCCGUGAUUUUCUCGUGAUCAUCAUUCUCUGGUUUUCUUCUUGUCGCGACAAGUGAAAGUAAAAGUGAAGAAAGAAAAUGGCUUUCGUUGUCAAAGAUGGAGAAGUCAAACUUAUCGAGGAGGUCAUUGUCCAGGAGGACGCUUCAUCUGGGGAACAGGCUGUUUCAUUGGAGGAAACUCUUGCGGAUCCGUUAUCCGUCGAGGUGGAUCCGUUAGGGGUCCCAUCAGUCAUAUUUAAAGAAGAUCAAUGGUUAUGCUGUCCUGAACCCACUGGGAUGAAUCCAGAGGUUCAAUCCAUAGUGGAGGAGUUGCUGGUUCAAAAUCAGCGGUUGAUACAAUUACAGCAACAACAACAACAGCAGCCGAUCGACUUAUCGGCGUCAGGGGACCAGGCGGUUGAAGAGCCGGUCCCUUCGACGUCAUCGGGGGACGUCGAAUUGCGACGAUUGUUGACCCAGCCGGCUCGUCCCAAAUCGACGUACAGGCGUUGGGUGCGCUGCCCAGCUCCUGAAGGGAUACAGGCAACUCCUCGGAUUCCUCAGAAACGUUCCAUAAAAAGAAAGCGGUCCGAGCUGGUAGUCGGUGGAAGCCAAGGGGCCCCUGAACCGAGGAUUCGUCCUCCAGUCUUCAAGUUUUUGGAGCAUUCCAGGGUCCGGGUCAUGUGUGGGGAUACCAUGGCCGUGAGUGUGCCCUUCCGGGUGACGUUUGUGGACGGACACACCUUUCCGAUCCCAUUCACGGAUCCACUGGUGGGUUUGUUGGCGCCGAUGACGUCUCUAGAGGCGAGCUGGCUGGUGGCAACCAUGCCUUGGCCCUUAAUGGACCAUUUCGUCUUCGAGUCCCUUUUGGCACUGAUCGUUGCGAUGUGUCCUAUGCACCUGUGGGAUCUGGCGGAAGGAUCACCUCCUCGCAUAAGGAUAAUAAUCGAGGAGCUGUGGGACAAAUGUUCUUCACGGGUGGCUCGCUGUGUGUACUGCGGCAAUGGUCGUCGAGCGCAGCAAUAA